AUGUACGGAAGGUACUUACCUCAGGCAGAAAUUGGCGGCGAGGAGUGGCAGUUGCGAGUAUCACGUGCGCUCUCACGAAGUGCUGCCUGCCUCAGUAUGCAAAUUGCGGUUAUUGAAUUUGCUCGCAAUGUGCUUGGUCUCAAAGUCAAUCCGGUUGUUGUAUACAUGCCUAAGCUGGAUCAGAUGAAAGAAAAUGGGAGCAGCAAUGCGCUUGGUUUGAGAGCGACGUACAUCCAGUCCGAUACGGAAUGGUCCCAGGUACGACACAUGUAUAAGGAUUCUGACGACAGGAAUAGAGGUUCAGGAGAGCUUAUUAUUCACGAAAGACAUCGCCACCGAUACGGAACCAACCCAGACUAUGUCAAGGAUCUCAAUGCAAUGGGCUUCGCUUUGUGGGCAAGAGCGAAGGAGGCGACCGUAUGGGACUGA